UCUUCUAGAUAACCACUACACGAGAAGGUGGAGCACUCUGGAAAGAUCAGCAAUGGCGUCUUCUACUGUCCAGCUAUCUGGACUUCAGUCAUUCUAUCUCCGCUGCCACUCAUCUUCCCACCCUCAACUUAAAACCCUAGCUCUCCCUCUUGCUUCCUCCCCUGCUUAUUGCCCUGAAGUCUCAUCCCUGCGCUCCGUACUCCGAAGGAGUCGACGCCGCCGGCACGUCUUCGUCCGAUACAGUGUUUCCGGCAAAUUUUUCGUAAACUCCACGAUAAAAAAACUCUCUGAGACUAAUCUCGUUCCCAUCCCUUCGGGUUCCGAAGGAAUCGAAGGGCUGUUCCCCGCUGGCGCUGGUGUCUACGGAGUUUAUGACAAGAAUGGGGAUCUUCAAUUUAUUGGGAUUUCCCGCAACGUCGUCGCUAGUAUUACCGCACACAGCAAGACGGUUCCGGUUCUAUGCAGCUCAGUGAAGGUAGGAUUAAUAGAUGGGGAUAAUCCUGAUAAGACAGUGUUAACCGACGCCUGGAAAUCAUGGCUCGAAGAGCACUUGGCUAUCACAGGCAAAAUACCACCUGGGAAUCAAAGCGGGAAUAAUACCUGGGUUCGAAAACCUCAAACAAAGCCCGAUCUGCGAUUGACCCGCGGCCGUCACGUUCAGCUCUCAGUUUCGCUCGAGGAGCUCAUCGAUCGGCUGGUUAAGGAGAAUGAAGUAGUGGCAUUCAUCAAGGGAUCAAGAAGCGCCCCCCAAUGUGGGUUUUCACAGAGAGUUAUCGGCAUUCUGGAGUCUCAUGGCGUGAAUUUUGAAUCUGUGGACGUGCUUGACGAAGAACACAAUUAUGGAUUGAGGGAGACGUUGAAGAAGUACAGUAAUUGGCCGACGUUCCCACAGGUCUUUGUUCGUGGUGAACUUGUUGGUGGAUGCGAUAUUAUUUCGUCGAUGGCUGAGAAGGGAGAGCUUGCUGCGUUGUUUAACAAGUAGGUUUCUUUUUAGAAGUUUCAGAGCCCUUUAGUUUAAAAACAAGUUACAUAUGUUUUCAUAUGAUUAAUUUAUUUUGAUUGUGCUUAAGUUAUCAAACUGUUUGUAUAUGUUAUUUUAUCAGAUCAAGGGUUAAAAAAAAUGAUGUUUUGCUUGGUUUGAAGGCUUUU